AGCCUAACCUGACACGCGGAUUCUUGCAGUUCGAUGCAUUCAGCAUUCUGUUUCUGUUCCUCUCAGUUCCCCCUACUCGGUGCCUUCAGUUCCUCUUUAUCCUCGUCCACGACCACGUCUCACUCAGCUGUGCCAGGCCAGCACUGAGUGGUAAGAAGGCUUCACUGACUUCGAUCCACUUCGCUCUUGAACGCAGAAUAGAUAGAUAAUUUCCGUAAUACGACGAGCGUCGACUCACGAGGUUCUUGUGUUUGUCGCGCUUAAAUUCUCGUUGCCGGUUAUAUCUCUUUUGUGUGUUUUCAAGUAUCCACCGACGGCAGAAUCUACAAAACUUGGCAUUUAUUUGGAGUUUUUUUCGUAAAGCAGAGCACGAGUUAGCAGCGACUUUGAGAAAAUUCUUGAAAGGCAGGGAUAUCAGUAGCAACCCGUUCCUCAAGUUUUCCGACAACGGGACCGGAUUCUAUCUUGGUUUCGGUACGAUGCAGAGCAACGGUUCGGAAAACAUGGAGAAUGGCGUCGAUAGAACAGGAUGGACGGUUGGUCUUAUUAAUGGAAAAUUCAAAUACCUCACGGCCGAGACUUUCGGCUUCAAGAUCAAUGCAAACGGCGCCAGUUUGAAAAAGAAACAGCUCUGGACUUUAGAAGGUAGUGAACACCAGGUCUUCCUACGCUCACACCUUGAUCGGUACCUGGCCGUCGAUCAGUUCGGCAAUGUCACGUGCGAAUCUGAAGAUCCUUCGGAUCCAGGCUGCGCCUUUCAAAUAAUGCUGGCAGCCGAUGGAAGUGGAAGAUGGGCUUUAAAAAACAUUCAGAGGGGCUACUUCUUAGGAUCGAGUCAAGAUGAGCUUAAAUGUACAGCAAAGGCGCCAGGCGAAGCGGAAUAUUGGCUAGUUCAUCUGGCUGCAAGACCUCAGGUAAAUUUGAGGUCUGCUGGGCGCAAGCGCUUCGCGCACUUGAGCGCCAUGCAGGACGAGAUACAUGUAGACGCUCCUGUACCAUGGGGAGAAGACACUCUCUUCACCCUCGAAUUCCGACCAACGGCAUCAGCAGAUAUCGAUGGACAUGGAGAUCGUGCCAAAUCCGUAGGAGGGCAUUACGCUCUUCACACUUGCAAUAACAAAUACCUUGCCCGAGAUGGAAAACUUCUUGAUACGUGUACUCGCGACUGCCUUUACGCUGCUGAGUUUCAUGCUGGUCUUCUUGCUCUUAGGGAUAUCCAUGGAGCAUAUUUGGCACCAAUUGGAAGCAAAGCGGUCCUGAAGUCGCGCUCGACCACCGUGACGCGUGAUGAACUUUUUUCACUUGAGGAAUCUUUGCCUCAAGCGUCUUUCAUAGCAGCACUCAAUCAGCGCUACGUUUCCGUCAAACAAGGUGUAGACGUUACUGCUAAUCAAGACGAAAUUUCUGGUCACGAAACUUUCCAACUAGAGUUUGACCGAGUAACAAAGAGAUGGUAUAUACGCACAAUGCAAGAUCGUUAUUGGAAUUUGGAAGCUGGCAGCGGUAUUCAAGCCUCUGACCACAAACGCUCUUCCAACGCUCUCUUUGAUUUGGUCUGGCAACGAGAGGAUGGAACCGUAGCACUGCGCGCCAACAAUGGAAAGUUUCUGGCUACAAAACGCUCUGGACACCUUUACGCUAAUGCUGAUUCGAUUAGUGGAGCCGAUUCCGAUAUUUGCAAGUAUUAUUUCUAUCUGAUGAAUAGACCAGUCUUGGUUCUCCGUUGUGAGCAAGGCUUCGUUGGGCCCAAAAGUGCUGCUAGUCCUAAGUUGGAAUGCAACAAAGCCAGCUAUGAAACUAUUCGAGUCGAACGUUGCGAACGAGGAGUCGUUAGAUUCAAAGGUCAGAAUGGAAAAUAUUGGCAUGCAGAUAGCGAAGGAGUGACGGUGGACUCCGACAUGCCUUCUGAAGGAUUUUACUUGGAAUUGCGAGAACCAUCGCGUAUCUGCAUAAAGUGCACAGAUGGCCGGUACCUAACAGCAGGAAAAAAUGGAGCCCUGCGCUUGGGAGAGUUGGAUCACGAUUCAGCUACAAAAUGGGAAUUUUAAAAUCGAAGGCAUACAUACACUUUGCCACACUUAUUACCUCUUUUUAUAUGCAAUAAAUACGGCGCCCAAUUCUGAAUACGUCGAAAAUAAAUAUUAACAGUGGCGCUGCCAGGUUUUAUAAUGUGUACUUAAAUUUACUCCGCGGUUGUACUGAGCUGCUGAUGACAUUUAACUUUAAAAAAACAAGAAUUGAAAACGUGACUGUGUAUUCUGAUUCUUAAUACAAAUACCUGUAAGAUCUCGAUCGGAUUUGAGAUCAAAUUGCAAUUCAUUCCAAUUCGACGCAUUUUUUAUAUUUAUAUAUACGUGCAUUUUAUACCAAAUAGACGUUAUGUAAUUGUAAGGGUAAGAAAUACGUGUUUACAGGAACGGCGAACAAUGUCAGUUAAUCGGUCAUUAAAUUAACUUUAAGCUUUUCGACCAGUAUAAAAUAUUUCGCGUGACUGAUUGAAUGAAACUUUUAUAUGAUAUUAAUAUGAUAUUAAUAUGAUUUUAUACGGGAAUCUAAUUUUUGUGUAAAUAUAUGUCUGUAUUUGACCCAUUUUAAAUAUUACGGCUGAGAUUAUUUCGUUUAAUACUUAAUUAUUUUUAUAUCUUAGUUUUGACGCGUUUACACAAUAUACAUUCGUAUCUUAAAAUAAGUAUCAUUAUUUUUAUUAGUAUAAUAUUGGUAAUGUAAUAUUAUUUGCGAACAAUUUUAUUGUUUUUCUACAAUGUCCAAAUCUAUUUUAUUGACUGCGACACUAUCACUUAAAGGUACAACUUAAUCGCCGACGUGCUCGCUUGAAAAUAAAAAAGUUUUUGUCUAAAA